UCGAAAGUUCAUUGUGAAGAACAUGUAAAGCCCAAAGAUCCGACGUCCAACUAGUGAGAGCUCAAAGUGGCCCAAUUAUCAGUGGAUAACGCAACCCUGAAAAUGUUUGAGAGGCUUCUGGAAAUCCGUGGUGUAGUAAGCGGCUAGGCGGUAGCCACCGAUGCCUGCGACGCCGGCGGCCAGCACCGGGUGCGCUGGGCUGCCGGCGCAACCUCCGACGAGCUCACUCCCCGGAUUUGAAGGCCCCCCUAGCCGGCUGGGCGUUCGGAGGCCGGCAUGGGUCGUCCGCACCGAGUCUAAUGUUAGGAGAGAAAGACCAAAACGACCUGAUCCUCCAUGCACCAUCUGCAAAGGCACUGGGACAAUAAAUUGCCGCAACUGUUUCGGUAGAGGAAGAAUAAAUCAUGUCGAUCUCGCCGUGCUCCCCAAGGGAGAAUGGCCGCAAUGGUGCCAAAUAUGCGGGGGUAGCGGCCUAGAUUACUGCCACCGGUGCCAUGGAACAGGUGAAUAUCGAGAACCCAUGGGCUUUCACUUCACAGUCAAUAGGAAAUGAGUGUCGCACAGGCAGUGUUGGAAGGCCGGCCAAGUCAAAUGGUCAGGAAAAAAAAUGUCCCAUUGAGGCCAUAGGAUUAACAUUUGAAUGAGCUGUGUGAAGUUACUGUGAAAACUUUGAUCUUAUGCUAAUGCUGCAGAAUUUUCUUGCCAGCAAAGAAACAUUAGAUGUAGAUUAUGAUCAGAGGCUAAGGGUCUUCAGUUUUAUCAACCGGCUAAAUUUGUGUAUGAAUGACAGUGUGCAUCUGAAUGCUUUGUUCGAAAGAAGAUGCCGAUUUACCGCA